AUGUCAGGCCGAUUCGACAGAGAGAGAAGAGAAAAAUUAAGGGAAAAGAAGAAGCGGAGGGAAAAAGAGGCAAAAUUGAAGCUGCUGCAACAGGAGCAGCAGCAGGAAGAGAUGCAGCCGAAGAAAAGGGAAGCUUCUCCCUAUGCCUGGAGAGAGAUCUUGAAAAGGAAAGACCCACCGGAGCAAUCGCCUCCCUCUAGCCCUGAGCUAUCGACAAGCAGUAAAUAUGCAAAGUCCAAAAGUCCACUUCAGAAAAUGCUAAGGUCGAGGAGUCCCAGUUCCAAGACGAAAGUGGCGCCGUCCUCUCCUAUUGAAUCAAAAUGGAUCAUUAGUUCUAGCAGCAAGCCUUCGGCUAAAACGAGUACCGCACGGCGCAGCACUGUGGUAAAAAUUACUCACGAAUCUUCCGAGAAACAAUCGAAUAUUCCAGCGACUACUGUGAACCAAAAAAAAGCAGCCACCGCGAUAGACUCUGAUGAUGACUCUGAGGAUGAUCUCCUUGCAUAUUUCAAUGGUGAAGACACCAAAAAAAGGAGUCAGGAAACUGCUUCAGACGAAGAAAGCAAAAGACAAAGUCCCGACCAAGACGACGAGGACGAUAGAAGACACAGUCAAAUGUCGCAUAAAUCAAGCUGGCAGAGGUCAAGCCGGAAAACUAGUCGCGGGGAUAGCGAAUCGUUAUCAGAAGAUGAAAGUGAGGGACUCAGUCAAAGACCGAAUCGACGCAAGUCUUCUACAUUGUGGUCAGAUGGUCGAGCAGGUGAGGGUAUUGUAUUCUCGUCCGAAGAUGAAAUUGAAGAAUUCAGCGAGGGAUCCAAUCGCAAAUCAACUGGGAACAAGUCUAGCAAGAAGGAAGUCAUUGAUUUUUCUUCAGAAGAUGAGAGUGAAAGUCAACAGGGCAGAAGUCGGGAGAGAAGGAAGAAGAGCCACGAAAACAGGCAAAGUAUCACGGAUAGGUCACCCGACGGACACACGAAACCAGCAUUGCGAAAUCUAUUUUCCGAUGAAGAAGAUGUCCAAGGCAAGAAAAGAAAGCGAGUGCUGAAUCCAUUCACAGUCGCACAGCAACAACAACAGUCAAUAGAGUCAAUAGCGGCCAACUGUGCCCGUCCUGCCAAGAAAGCUGACGAUGACGAUCUUUGGUCAGACAUGGACCAGGACGUUGACGAAAAAAAGGAAGAGAAACCCAUGACAAAGAAGGGCAAGAAAAGAAGUAGGUCUAAAUCUGAUAAAUCCAUCAGAGAUUCUAUUGAAUCGCACCACUCGCCAUCGCCAAUCAAAGGUGGAGGCUCGAGCUUCUGGUUUCUUCCAGACAAUGACCAACGAUAUGAAAUCACGAAGCUCUUGAAAAGGGAAGAUGAGGAAGCUCUCGAAGAUUUCGUUCAUCCCGAAAUUGAGCACCCUUUCUUUGGACCAUCUAAAUUCGAGCCGCUAGAACUAGGCAAGGGGACAAAGUCGGCGGCUUCGGUUCCUGCGUCUCUUAGCCGAUAUCUGGCACCCUAUCAGAAAGAAGGUAUCCGGUUUAUGCACAAAUGCCUCGCUGCAAAAACUGGUACGAUCAUGGGAGAUGAAAUGGGCCUUGGGAAAACAGUGCAGGUCAUUGGUUUGUUAUCUGCACUCUUUGGCAAAACUGGAAAUGGGAAGGACAUGUUGAGGAUUCACAGACGAAACAACAUCAUCAUGCAACAGAGAGAAAUGGCAAUACGGGAGGAGGAGAGAGCGCAUCUCGAGGGCAGACUCUAUGUCCAGAAGAAAAUAGACGCUAAAUCGUUGGAUUUGCCGUCAUGGUACCCUGUUCUAAUAAUUGUCCCGCCUUCAGUUGUCGACAACUGGAAGAAUGAAUUCGAGAAGUUCUCCACCUUUGCUGCGGCAAUUUUUUCAGGCAAAAAAGCAGGAAGAGUUGAAGCACUCGAGAAACUGCGUGAUGGCCGCGCUGAAGUCUUGAUCGCUGCCAAGUCUCAAUUCCAAGAUGCAUGUGGCGCCAGGGAUCUCAACGAAUUUCCGUGGAAACUUGUUAUUAUCGAUGAGUUCCAUACAUUCAAAAACGAAGAAGGAAAACUAUCGAAACAUCUUCGAAUGUUGAAAGCAGAUCAUCGGCCAUUGGUUCUCGGUAUGACUGGAACGCUUAUGCAAAACGACCACCAUGAGCUUUGGAAUCUGAUCGAUCUUGUCGAAACAGGAUAUCUUGGGUCAUGGGAAGAGUUCAAGCAAGAUACUGCACGAGCGAUCAAACUUGGAAGACAAAAAGGUGCAGAUGAGCAGACAAUUGCGAGAAGUAUACGAAAAUCCGCAGCUCUGGAGGAGCUUUUGAAUAGACUAUUCAUUGCGAGGAAGAAGCAAGAUGUCGUCGCAGACAAACUAACGAAGAAGACAGUCAACGUUGUUUUGUGCCCACCUUCAGAGCUACAAAAGAGAGUAUACGCCCACAUCCUGACACUUCCUGACGUCCAGCAUGUCAAGAUGGCUACUAGUCCCUGUGACUGUGGGGUCAACAAAGCGAUUUUCAAGCGAUAUUUCAAGUUGCAAUCGCCAAAAGAAAGGGUCAGAUUCAUUCGCGAGAACCAAAAAAACAUUAUGAAACGCUCGGAAUGUUGCUACAAGGUUCCAAUCAAUCCAAGGAGAAACGAGGAAGGGCAGCCACUGAUCGAUCCCGACGCCGUUAUCUGGAGAAUGUUGGAUGGCCAUGACGAAACUGACGAUAACGGUUGCAUACGAUGUCCGUAUUGUGUCUUAUUUGUAGUCUUGGAUAAGCUGAAUAAGCUGUGCAGCCAUGUAGGAUCAUUGCAAGCGGAUCGAUCGAAGGCUACUGCUAGACGGGGAAGCGAGGAUUAUGUUCGCUUCAAUAAAGAAUUGGAGUUUGCGAAGGUUGCGUUUCCACCAGAUGUUGUUGAGCAGCUUCCUGGUGGCUUAAUCCGCCAAGAUGCAGUCAUGAAUCAACACUUUGAACUUUCUGGCAAAAUGAAAAAACUUCACCACCUGUUGCAACGAUACAGGAAGGAAGGGUGUAAAGUCUUGCUUUUCUCAUACUCGACGAAGACACUGGAUUUCAUCGAGCAAUACGUUCGAUCUCAAAAUCACUCGUUUCUGCGCAUUGAUGGACAGGUACAACCCGCCCUUCGUCAGGACUUGUGCAAUAGAUUUAAUAACGAGAGGGAUAUCUUUGUGUUCCUAUUGUCAACCAAAGCUUGUGGACUUGGUUUGAAUCUGACAGCCGCCAACAAGGUUAUCAUAUUCGAUGUGGAAUGGAAUCCGUCGUGGGAUGAACAGGCACAAGAUCGUGCGUAUCGCCUUGGCCAGCAAAAUGACGUUGAAGUUAUCAGACUCGUAACAGAGGGCACAGUUGAUGAGUUAUAUAAAGUGCAACUAAAAAAUGAGACGCUCAAUUCCAGUGAACCCAAAUCCAGGUCAGCGAGAGUUUUUCGAGGUAUUCAGGGUGACAGGCAACGCAAAGGAGAACUCUUUGGCACUGAAAAUCUACUGAAAUUCAAGGAAGACGGAAGCUUUCUUGCAGAUGUCUGGAAAAGUAAAAAGACCGACAGAAAAAAAAAUAGCUCCAACGAAGUAGAGGUUCACAACAUUGAAGAUAUCACUUCCAGUCUCAACUCAAAUCAAUGCGAUGAGCUCCUUGACCUAGAUGCCGCAAAUGGAACAGUUGCCAACAUGGAAUCACAAGAAGAUAAUGUACAAGAUCAAAACGGAGAUGAGGACGAGAAAGUGUGUGCUCAGCCCAGAAAAGGUGGCGACGAAGGUCAAGAUGGCGUUAAGAAGAUGCCUGCUUUACCCAGAAAUGGACAGGGGUCAAUUGGCGGGGACAAUGUACGACCAUCAAGAAGCGAAAGUGGCGAAAGAGACAACAGCAAAGUUGCGAAUGAAGAGGAUUCCCUAUAUCCUGACCGAGGUGUUGCCGCUAAUCCAGCAGAGGGAGACGAGGACGCCUCUGAUGAUCCGGACGUAGACGAUUCGAAUCAAGAGAUGCCCACUGCACAUGCAAAACUUGAAGCAAAGAAUCGUCAUCAUGCGUUGCGCCAGGGGGAUGCAGAGUCUCCGAGUCGACGAUCUGCGGAACCACGGCGAGAUGAAGAAAUCGAAGUUUCGGAUGAAGAAGACGGCUAUAUUGCCAACGCCGUAAACCAAGAUGCUUUGUACGACGCGGAACAAGGCGGUGCCUUAUAUGAAGAGGGCGACGAUGGCUACGAUGAAGAAAUGGGUGGUCUAACUCAAAAUGCAUAUGAUAGUUAUGCCACCAUGCAAUUGCCAGAGAAUCCUCAGGAUGGAUCGCUCGAUGAUGAUGAUGAUGAUGAUGGUGGCAAUCAUAACCCUGAUCAAAUUCUCGCUCGAUUGUUGAAUGAACAAGAUGAUGGCGUGGCUGCGGCACAAGGUUCUGCUGGCCAUGGGGGGCGGGCUGCUGCUGUGUCGCAGCAACAAGAAGUAAUUCAACAGAUACAAGCAAUACCUGGCGUGCCAGCCAACGCGGCCCAAAUACGAGAAGCUAUGCAUCAUGUGGAGGCCAUGGCAUCUCAAAGACAAGUGACAAUGCCUGUCAACCCCCGUGCUUUGAAUGAGAGAGCCCAAGGAAGAAGAGAAGCGUAUGGCGAAGGAGCCCCAGCCGAGAGUGAUCUAAAAUCAAGAAUUGCGAUCCAACUAAGACCUGAACCUCGAGAUCCAUCGAAGGGCGAUUUCUUCCGCUCUCGAGAUGCGAGAGGAAGAAGCGAUAGUCAUAGCGACGACGACGACGCCGCCAGAGGAAGUAGAGUCGCAAAGAAACCAAAGCCAUGCAGUGAUGUCGACGAUGAUAAUGGUGUCGAUGGAGGUAGAGUUUCAAAGAAACCAAGGAUGGAGGAGAGUGAUAGCCAACAUGGAGGUGGCAAGAAAUCAGCCAAAAAGAAGGCAGCGAUCAACCUUUUCGGAAAAACGACGACAGCAUCUAAAUCCAACUCGAAAGCGGGCUCUGGGUUGUAUAUUCCAACGUACAAGAAAUCUCGAAAGAAGAAGAAAUAA